GGAGCCAUUUGUUUAUUUUAGUUACUUGACAACAUACUUUCUUAAUUUCUAUAUAUCUUAUUUCUAUGCCAGUUUGUUUCCAUGUUUCCAUCUAUAGGUGAAGACGGGAACUGCGCCUUUAAAAGGCUGUGAUGCAGGACAGCAGCUGUGUCUGAUACAAGCUGAGACAGUCAUUGACCGUGAUUGGCACUGCAAACUUGGACUGAUCUUUUGUUAUACUCAAGUUUAAUUUGUUACAAUAAACCAUCAAAGGACACACAAUAAUCAUCUCCCGGAUUUAAUUUCACGCGUCAGACCACAGUAUUGGACACCCAAGGUGGGAAAGGUUGUUAAGGAAAACAAACAAAGAAACAAAGAAAUGGUAAAAACAAACAAAUUGAAACAACAACUUUACCACUACAUUAGUCAAUGACUAUGCUUGAUGUAUGGAAACGACAAAGAGAUGAUUGGAUUGCGUGGAUGCCGAAAGAUGGAAUUGUUUGAAUGAGGCCGCCACGCCAACUGGAAACAAAGGAAUACACCUUGAAGGAGGUACGUGCCACAUUAAAUUCUUUGGACUAUACAAGUGAACCUGGAUUGAAAUGGAUUUAAGUUGGAAAGAAAUUAUUUCAGAAAUUAUUAAAGAAACGAAAGUUUAAUUUUGGAUGAGCGUGGAGCUUAAGUUUUGCUUGAAAGAACAAGAAUGUUGAAAGAAACGCUGCUGGACGAAUAAUUGAUUUUGUUUUUAAAUACUAAAGGAGGAAAGUAUUUACUUUGUUUGGAAAGUUUCUAACAAACUGUUUUGUGUUGAGAAAUGGAUGACUCCGACAGAGAGGAAGCUCCAGGCCCGUCUGCAGAGCCAAGAGAGGUUGCAGCAAAUCUCCGUGCCUCGAGGUCUGGUAAAAUGUCGCAUCUAACGCGACGGAUGAAUAUUGUGAACAGGCUUAUGCAAAACAAUGAACAUGUGGAAGAGAUUAAAGGCAAUAUGCUUAAGUAUAAUGAUAUGUUGAAAGAAUUCAAAGCCAUAAAUGUAUCGUAUCAAGAAAUGUUAGAUGAAGAAGAUAAAAUCCUUGAUACAAAAACGUGGUUGGAGCCUCAUAUGGAGCAAAUCAACGCGUUCCUUGCCAAUGUGGAAACAUGGCUCGCAAAUAUCGGACAUUUGAAGCAAGACGGUGUCUCAUUCGAACUGCCUUCGUCUGAUGCAUCACCAAAUAUGCAAACAAAUAUUGAAGAAGACGACAAGCGCUCUGUUUGCUCCUCUGUGAGGAGCAAUGCCUCAAGCGCAUCUUUACGCAUAAGGGCAGAGGCCGAGCGCGCCGCACUGAUUGCAAAAGCAGCAGCUUUAAAAGAUAAGCACGCAUUAGAACACGAACAAGAACAACUUGAAAAGAAACGUGCUGAACUUAGAAAGAGAAGAGAAACGCUAGACGUCCUUACUGAUAUAGCAGCAACAACUGCGAAAAUCAAUUAUUUGAAAAACGCUGAGAAUGUAGAAGUUAUGGACCCACUGAGCACAUCACAAGAUGCCAUGAACGCAUACUUUAAUGCAGCGCAUAAUUCACCUGUUCAGGCAGAGGAAAAUCAGCCUGUUGUGAGACCCAAAGAACCUGUUGGGAGACCACUCUCGCAAUUGUUAAAUAUUGAGAGCUUACAACAAGAAAAUACUCAGAGAAUGUUUACGUUGCCGACUCAGAUUCCCACACAUACAAGUCCCAAUAAUUUCUCAACGAACACAAGUCAACAGUCUGCAAUUUUAACAACUGUUCUUGAAAAGCAGAAUCAAUUAACAGACAUAAUGGUUAAACAACAAAGACUCUCUACACUGCCAAAAAUCAAUCUGAUUGUUUUUGAUGGAGACAUUCUUCAGUAUCAGUCAUUCAUGCAAACGUUUGAACAUGUUAUUGAAAGGAAGAGCAAAGAUGACCAAGACAGAUUUCACUUUUUAAUGCAGUACACAAAGGGUCAAGCGCAUGAUCUUGUGAAGAGUUGUCAGCACAUGGCGGCAAGUAGAGGCUACCUCAAAGCAAAGCAACUGCUGAAAGAGACCUUUGGUAAUGAGUAUAGACUUUCUUGUGCAUAUAUGGAAAAGGCUCUAAAUUGGCCUGUAAUCAAAUCGGAAGAUCCCAAGUCAUUGAAAGAAUACGCUUUGUUUCUCAGAACAUGUUGUAAUGCUAUGGAAGAUCUACACUACAUGGAUGAAUUGAACACUGUGACUAACUUAAGAAAUGUUAUGCUGAAACUCCCAUUCAGGUUGAGAGCAAAAUGGCGUGCAGAAGCACACGAGCUGCAGACCAUGGGUAGGAUUAAAAUGCUUGAUUUAGUCACUUUCAUUGAAAGACAAUCCAGCAUAUUGUCAGACCCAAUCUAUGGCAACAUCCAGGAUGCAAGCUCUGUCCGUGGAAAACCCAAGGUAACACCGAAACCAAAAUCUAAAGGAACAUUUGCCACAAAUGUAAAUGUGAGUCCACAAGAACACAGAAAUGCAUAUCUUUCGUGUAUGUUUUGUAAUGGAGCUCAUGAAUUGGAAGCAUGUUUGCAUUUCAAAUCAAAACUGCAUAAAGAAAAAAUUGCAUUCCUUAAACAAAAUGGAGUAUGUUUUGGAUGUUUGAAAAAGGUUGGACAUUUGAGUAAAGAUUGCCCAAAGCGGCUUAACUGUUCAAUUUGUAAAAAUAAUCAUCCCAGUAUGCUACACAUUAAUGCAGAGCGAUCUGUUCCAGCUCCUGUUAACAGCGCACAGGUGUCACUCAGAGCUGGAGAACACGCCGGGGCCGGUGACCGGGACAAUGGUGCAGACUGCUUGCUGUCUAUUGUUCCUGUGAAAGUGAAACACGCUAAAGGAAGGAAAACCAACAUACUGCUCCGUACCAUGUCGCAAGAGAAGGCCACAUCUGCAAACAUCAUUACAGGCCUGGAGGUGAGCGCCAUUGAUUCCAGGGAGUUCAUCAACUUACCUGAGGUGUACACCCAGAGCAACAUGCCAGUGAGCACCAACAGCAUACCCAGUGAAGUUGAACUCAGAGCUUUCACCUACUUGAAAGAGGUAAAGAUUCCCAGAAUCAAAGCGAAUGUGGAGUUGUUGAUUGGCAGCAAUGCUCCAAAGGCGCUUGAACCAUGGGAAGUUAUUAACAGCGAAGAUAAUGGACCAUACGCUGUGAGAACAGUUCUUGGAUGGGUCAUAAACGGACCAAUGCAAAGACCAAGGUAUGAUGGUAAUACAGUUGUCUCUGCAAAUAGAAUCUCAGUUGCAAGCCUAGAAGAAUUGUUGAUGCAACAAUACAAGCAUGACUUUUAUGAGAGCCAAGAGGAAAGGCUUGAAAUGUCUUUUGAGGACAAGAUGUUUAUGACUAAAGCAGAACAAUCUGUUAAAUUACUCAAUGGACAUUAUGUUUUAGACUUACCUUUUCGAAACAAAGGCAUUGUUAUGCCACACAACUACCAAGUGGCAGAACAGCGGCUUGCUUCUUUGAAAAAGAAAUUUUUAAAGAACAGUCAAUUCAGAGCUGAAUACACUGAUUUUCUCUCUGAAGUUAUUAGUAAUGAACAUGCUGAACUUGUGCCUGAAAAUGAAAUUGAAAGAACUGAUGGAAGACUUUGGUACAUUCCACAUCAUGGGGUGUACCACCCUAAGAAGGGAACACUUAGAGUUGUUUUUGACUGUGGUGCAACGUACUGUGGAACCUCUUUGAACUCAGAACUCUUGCCAGGUCCAGAUCUGACAAGCUCUCUCCUAGGAGUUCUCUUGAGAUUCAGACAAGAGCACGUCGCAGUGAUGGCAGACAUUCAGAAGAUGUUUCACCAAGUCCGAGUCACUAAAUCUGACAUAGACUUUUUGCGGUUCUUAUGGUGGCCAAAUGGGGACAUCAGUAAGCCAGCUCUUCAAUUUCGGAUGUUGGUGCAUCUUUUUGGAGCUGCCUCUUCGCCAAGCUGUGCGAACUUUGCACUCAAGCAAGCAGCCAAAGACAACAGUGAUUUAUACCAUCCAGACAUUGUUAAAACUGUGCAAUGCAAUUUCUAUGUGGAUGAUCUCUUGAAAUCUGUCUCAACAGAACAACAAGCCAUUGAAUUGGUCAAGCAGGUCUCUUCACUGUGUGAGAAAGGAGGAUUCCACCUGACCAAGUGGCAGAGCAACAGCAAAGCAGUAAUCGCAAGCGUUCGAAAGCAGGAUAGAGCACGUGCCAUUGGAGAGCUUGAGUUGGACAGAGACAAACUGCCUCUUGAAAGAGCGCUUGGACUGCUGUGGAGUGUUGAGGAGGAUGUCUUUAAAUUCAACAUCAUUGUGAAAGAUAGACCACACACACGCAGAAACAUCCUCUCCACAGUAAGCUCAAUUUACGACCCAUUAGGUUUUUUGAGCCCUCUCAUCCUUCCAGCAAAGCUACUUUUGCAAGAGUUAUGCAAGUCUAAAUGUGAGUGGGAUGACAGAGUACCUCAAUCAGCUUCGGAUAGCUGGCAGAAAUGGCUGAGCAGUCUUGAGGUUCUGAAGGACUUCAAUGUGUCCAGAUGUUUGAAACCACCUGACCUUAAGUCACCUCUGCAUUUUGAAAUCCAUCACUUCUCAGAUGCUUGUGACCAUGGCUAUGGCACAGUAAGCUUCCUAAGAAUGACCACCACCAACAAGAUCCAUGUCGUGUUUAUGCUUGGUAAAGCACGAGUUGCUCCACUAAAGCAAAUGACCAUUCCACGCAUGGAGCUCACUGCUGCAGUGCUAGCAGCAAAAGUGGACAAAAUGCUGAAAAAAGAAAUUGAAUAUCCACUCAGUGCAACCACAUUCUGGACAGACAGUCAAUCCGUAUUGAAAUACAUUGCAAAUGACACCACAAGAUUUCACACUUUUGUUGCAAACAGAAUUUCCUUUAUUAGAAACCACACAGAAACAACACAGUGGAAGUACAUACCGACCAAACUGAACCCGGCUGACAUGGCGUCAAGAGGAGUGAGUGCAAGCACAUUGGUGAAGUGCAAGCAAUGGUUACAGGGACCAGAGUUUCUGUGGAGAUUGGAGGAGGAAUGGCCUCAAAACCCCAUGGAGACCCUCUCACUUGCUCAAGAUGACCCAGAGGUGAAAAGGAGCACCACUGUGUUCAGUGUUGUUGUGAAGGAGGACCAAACGGACAAUCCAACAAACCAGCUACUAGAGCACUUUUCAGACUGGCACAAACUAAAAAGAGCAGUAGCAUGGCACUUGAAAUUCAAAGAAACUCUUUUGCAAAAGGUGAGAAACAAAAAAAUUAGCUUGGACAUGACUAUUAACAUAGACCAACCCACAACUUUGAAUUUGGUUAAUCUGGGCAAAGCAGAGGAAAGCAUCGUUCAGUUUUGUCAAAUUCAAGGCUUUGCAAGGGAAAUUAAAAUGUUGAAGGAAGGGAAGGCUGUAAGCAAACAUAGCAGCAUCUGCAAGUUAGAUCCCAUUUUGGAAAAUGGAAUGUUGUGUGUUGGAGGCAGGCUGAACAGGUCAGCAAUGCCCAUUGAACAGAAGAGACCCGUGAUUCUUCCCAAAAACCAUCAUGUGGCAACACUGCUGAUUCGACACAUCCACCAGCAGCUUGGCCAUAGUGGAAGAAAUCAUGUCCUCUCUAAACUGCGUGAAAAAUAUUGGAUUGUGAAUGCCAACUCCACGACUAGAAAGGUCUUGACCAAGUGUGUUGUGUGCAGACGCUGGAGAGGCAAAUUGGGAGAGCAAAAGAUGGCAGAUCUGCCAAAAGAAAGACUGACACCUGACCUGCCACCUUUCACAAAUACUGGAGUUGACUACUUCGGACCCUUUGAGAUAAAGAAGGGACGAAGAUCCCUGAAAAGGUAUGGUGUGAUAUUUACAUGCAUGUCAAGUAGGGCCGUCCAUCUUGAAAUGGCUCGCUCCAUGGACACGGACUCCUGCAUCAAUGCCUUACGGCGAUUUGUAUGCAGACGAGGCCAGGUAGCCCACAUAAGGUCGGACAACGGCACUAAUCUGGUUGGGGCAAAAAAUGAACUUCAAAGAGCAAUAACUGAAUGGAAUAUACACAAAAUCCAGAGUGUGAUGCUGCAGAGAGGAGUGGAAUGGAGUUUCAACCCACCAGCAGCGUCCCAUCACGGAGGUGUUUGGGAGAGACUCAUUCGCAUGGUGCGACAAGUUCUUUAUUCCAUUUUGAAGCAACAACUACUUGAUGAUGAAAGCCUUGAAACACUUUUAUGCGAAGUUGAGUCAAUCCUAAACAGCCGUCCGAUAACAACUGUGAAGGAGGAUGGGCAGGAUGUUGAAGCACUAACGCCCAAUCACAUUCUUUUGUUGAACACCCAACCUGUGCUACCACCAGGACUCUUCAGCAAAUCCGACCAAUACACAAGAAGACGCUGGAGACAAGUGCAAUAUCUAGCAGACUUGUUUUGGAAAAGAUGGACCCAGGAAUAUCUCCCAAUGCUGCAAGAGAGACAGAAGUGGUUCAGAGUGAAGAGGGGGUUCCAAAGAGGAGAUGUAGUGCUUAUAGUGGACAACACUGCACCUCGAGGUUCCUGGCCCCUUGGAAGAGUCACUGAAGUUCGAGCUGAUUCUAAAGGUCUGGCUAGAAGCUUGACCAUUAGAACCAAGACUGGUUUCCUAGAGAGGCCAAUCACCAAGGUCUGCUUGCUUCUUGAGGGUUCAGAAGACCCAGAUCCAACUGAAAGAACUCUAAGAUGAGUACAAUGUUUAUUCUCUUUAUUUGUUAUGUUUGUUAUAGAUUAGGCUCCUUUCUUAUUAUUUUUUAAUGGUAAUUGGUACUUCAGGUCCCAAUUAGGGGCCGGUGUGUAGGAGCCAUUUGUUUAUUUUAGUUACUUGACAACAUACUUUCUUAAUUUCUAUAUAUCUUAUUUCUAUGCCAGUUUGUUUCCAUGUUUCCAUCUAUAGGUGAAGACGGGAACUGCGCCUUUAAAAGGCUGUGAUGCAGGACAGCAGCUGUGUCUGAUACAAGCUGAGACAGUCAUUGACCGUGAUUGGCACUGCAAACUUGGACUGAUCUUUUGUUAUACUCAAGUUUAAUUUGUUACAAUAAACCAUCAAAGGACACACAAUAA